AUGUGGACGUCUCAUCCGAACUUCUUGGAUGCCGUGGCUGAUUCUUGGAAUAUGGGAGUUGAUGUGAGAUGCCCUAUGUUAUCUGUUAUGUUGAAAUUGAAACGCUUGAAGGGGGUUUUACGUAUCUGGAACAAGUCUGUGUUUGGGAACGUGGACUCUGCCAUUGCCCAAAAUCAACAAGACUUAUCUGAUAUUCAGGUGACUAUUGCGGAUUUGGGCUAUAAUGAUAGCAGAUUUGAUGCGGAAGUCAAUUGCGAAGUUAAGCUUAAUAGAUUUUUGUCGCAAAAAAACAGUCUCCUUCAGCAGAAGAGUAGAGUGGCGUGGCUCACGGAUGGGGAUAAAAACACGAGCUUUUUCCACAACAUGCUCAAGUUCAUAAAAGAUAAGCUUCAUAUUGGGCAUUUGCGGAUUGGCAAUGAUAUUGUUUAUGACUCGGAUGUCAUUGAGCAGCACAUUAUUGGUCACUUUUCCUCUUUAUUCACUAACACGGCCUCUGAUGUGGUGGAUUUGGCGGCUUUAGAGGCUAACGUGGAUUUGGUUAUCACUGAGGAACAGAAUAAAGGGCUUGUCGCUUUACCGGAUGACACGGAAAUUACUGCGGCAGCGGUCAAGAGCUUCUUCCUGUACACGUCCUUACCUGCGGGGUGUAAUUCUAACACCUUGAUUUUGAUUCUGAAAAAAGAUCUGGUGGAUUCGGUUUCUGAUCUCAGGCCCAUUGUCUUGGCGAAUUUCCUGUUCAAAAUCAUCUCUAAGGUCCUAGCUUCUAGGCUCAGUUCUGUUGCGGCGGCUUCUGUUUCUCCAAAUCAGUUUGGCUUUAUUUCUGGGAGAUCUAUUCACGAUUGCAUUGCGAUGGGAUCGGAGGGCUUCAAUACCAUGAAUCGUAUUAAUCGCGGGUCAAACUUUGCCUGUAAAAUCGACAUUCAUAAGGCUUUCGACACCAUGCGCUGGGAUUUCAUCAUUGCUGCUCUCCGCGCCAUGGGGUACCACGAUCAGUUCAUUCGUUGGAUCGAGGUGAUCUUUGAGUCGGCUCGUAUAUCUAUCUUAUAUAAUGGGAGACUUAGCGGUUACUUCGCUUGCUCUCGUGGGGUCAGGCAGGGCGAUCCUCUUUCCCCUAUCCUCUUUGGUAUUGCUGAGGAUGUUCUUAGCUACAUUAUCAGGAAUUGCGUUGCCUCGCGUCAUUUGGUGCCCAUGGGUUUUGAUAGAAUAUCGGAUUUCCCGACUCAUUUAUUCUAUGCUGACGAUGUGCUUAUUUUUUGCCGUGCUUCUGUCAGGAAUGCGAAGAAAAUUAAACAUAUCUUGGAUUUCUAUGGGGAGCUUUCGGGCCAGAUUUGCAGCCAAGCGAAGUCUAGAAUCUUCUUUGGUCGUGGGGUGUCGUAUGCUAUGACGCAGGGGAUCAAUAGGGUCUUGGGUUUCACUCAGGGUUCUCUCCCGACCACGUAUUUGGGCGUCCCUCUCUUUGUUGGGAGACCGCGUGCUUCUUACUUCAUGAGCAUCAAAGAUAGGAUUGUGCAGAAAUUCUCAAAAUGGAAGGGAUUACAGUUAUCCAUGGUCUAUCGCUGGCCAAGAUCGCUGCUCCAUGAUCUGGAUAGAAGUUGCCGCAACUUCAUUUGGUCGGGCUCCAUCGACAAAAAACUGACCUGUGCCGUGAGCUGGGGUCGUUGUUGCGCACCCAAGAAGGAAGGAGGCCUCGGAGUUCGGUCCUUUGCGGUGAUGAAUCGCUGCUACAUGAUGAAGAUGGCCUGGAAACUGUUAAAGGGAGAGGAUUUUGUUUUCCGAAUUCUCCGCUCUCGCUAUUUGAAUAGUUUUGGUCUGGCAAAGGCGUCGGUGGUGGGUUCUUCUUUUUGGUUGAGUGUCAAGCCGGAGGUUGAUGAGUUAGUGAAGAAUUCUUAUGCUCUUGUGGGUAACGGGCAGCAUACCCGUUUUUGGACGGACGAUUGGCUCGGUUACAAAAUUUGUGAUAAAAUUGCCAUUCCUUCCUUCAUGCAUGAGUUUUUGCAUCAAUCGGUGGCGGAUUACUUUAGCGAUGGUGUUUGGCACUUCUCGUUCGUGGGGGAGAAAGAUGGCCGGUUUUGGAAACCGUCUCUCCGUGGGGAUGUGACCGCGGCUUUGGCAUUUGCCCAAAUUGGGCAUCGUUUCCCUAAGGUUACUUGGGGUUCUUGGAUCUGGAAUAAGGUUAUUCCGGUGAGACGUUCGAUUACCUACUGGCGUAUCAUUCAUGGACGCCUUCCUACGAUGGACAAAUUGGUGCAGAAUGGUCUUAUUGCUCCGAAUCGCUGCAGUUUGUGCAUGGUGGAUGCGGAGAAUAUCGAUCAUAUUUUCUGGAGCUGUCCCAGUGUGACCCCGAUUUGGAAUGAGUUCCUCACGUGGUUUCAAAUGCCACAUCUUAUGGCUUGUGUGGACAUCCAUUCUUUCUUAGUUCAGACUUGGCAUGCUUCUUUCUGUUCUCUUAUUCAGAAUUUUUGGAAGUUGGGGAUUGCUAACAUUCUGUGGUGUAUUUGGUCGUUACGUAAUAAAGCUAUUUUUGAAGACCGACCCUUUGAGCAGCGACGCGUCUUAGCGUUUGCAAAGGCGUCCUUCAAAGAAGUGGAUGAGGCGUUCUCUAAACUUGGCCAUACUUCUAAUUUGUGGUCUGAUUAUUUGAUCACUCGUUCCAUCGGUGUUUCGAUGCGGGCUGCCCCGCCUCCUGGUUUUGUUAGCGUCAGCUGGUGGCCUCCUGUGGAAGAUUGGAUCAAGGUCAAUACUGACGGGGCAGCGUCGGGUGCCCCGGGUGACAUCGCGGCUGGGGGGGUUUAUCGGGAUAAGUUUUGUGUCGUCAGAGGCAGUUUUCACUUGAAAGGUGGCAAGGGUUACGCUUUUGAGGCGGAGCUCCUUGCCGUUAUCACCGCGGUUGCCAUUGCGCACUCGCGUGGGUGGCACAAACUUUGGUUGGAAGCGGAUUCUCUAUACGUGGUGAAGCUUCUGGAAGAUCGCUCGUUGGCUGUCCCCUGGUGUUUUUAUGCGGCUUGGAAAGCCACUUUAGCUCGCCUUAAUGACAUAACUUUUCGUGUUUCUCAUAUUUUCCGUGAAGGAAAUGUCGUUGCUGAUGCUAUGGCUAAUUUAACGCAGGCAGAGGGCUGGUGGCCGUUUGGGAUAGAAGCUAUUCGGAAGCUUGUUGUUGCGGACAUAGCAACGCACAGUUUCUCAAGGAAGAUUGCGGAGCUGACUUCUAAGAAAAAUGCAUUGACUACUGCCAAGAGUGCACCAGCUGUAGAAGAACCGAUGAUGAUGGAGGAUGCCAAUUAUCUCAAUGCAGAAACUAUGGAAAUGGCAGAUACAAUAGUGGACAGCAAUUUCAGCUUCUCUGUUACCAAUGGAGUUAUAAAUGAAGAGAAGAAGCCAAAUAUGGAGGAGCUGGAGAUGAAGUUCAUCUCCAAGGCGGAUGAGAUGAUGGAAAGGAUUGACGCUACCACUGCUGCCUUGGGAACACAGAUGAAGAUGUUUGAGACCCAAUUGGGUAAAAGGGCCACCUUCAUCAGCAAGCUUCUGCAGUUGGGUAAUUCUUCAAACAAUGCCAAGGUGAACACAAAGGAGCAGUGCAUGGUAAUUAGGGUUAAGAGUAUAGCCACAUCUCAAAACAGCCAUGGAUUUCGUGAGAUGGGGGAUGAGCCAAAACAAAACCAUGAGGGAAGCCGACGAGUUCCACCUCUGUAUCGUCCUCCCGGGUGGAUGCCGUUUCCCCGACAUCACUAUAAGAUCGUCGAUUUGCCGAGCGGGACUACACAAGAAGGGGCCAAGACGUCCGAGUAUGAGAGUGCACCGCCGGUUGUGGAAGAAAAAGCUGAGGAGUGCUAUCAGAAAGAGAGGAUGAAAAAGCGGCUCUCUAAGUUCUUAAAGAUCUUCAAAAAGGUGAACAUCAACAUUCCGUUGGUGGAGAUGUUAUAG